UUUGUUUUGUUUUGUUUUUUUGACGCAGAUGAGUCGUGAAAAGACAAAGUGUGUGGUCUGAGACUCUCAGCUGAUCCAGCAUUUGGAGAGGCAGUAAACUCUCAGAGCUUUCACAGCCCUGCUCACAGAAAACUGGGAGUCAGCUGUGGAUGAUGAAGAAGAAGAUGGAAUGCAGUCUGUGCUGGAUCUUUUUCUUGCUGUUGGAGCUGGGUUGGAUAAACAUGAGCUCCAGCAUGCACAGGGAUGGUGGCAACACGGGGGCAAGGAGACAGUGGGAGAAGCAGGUCCGCUCGUCCUCCAGUUUGGACGAGCUACUGCGACUCACAGACUUCCCAGACUGGAAGCUGUGGAAGUGUCGCUUCAAGCCGCAGCCGCUAAAGGUCCAAACAGAGGCUUCCUCUUCUCCACCUUCGGUCGGGUCACACCGCUCCACACGCUACGCAGCAACACCGUUUAGCCUGGAGAUACUUAAAGCCAUAGAAGAAGAGUGGCAGAGUAUUCAGUGUAUGCCCAGGGAGACGUGCAUCGAUGUGGCCCAGGAGUUGGACUUUCAUACCUCAGUUUUCUUCAAGCCACCCUGUGUAUCUGUCCACAGGUGUGGUGGCUGCUGCAACGACGAGGGCCUAACCUGCAGGAAUACAUCUACUGUAUAUGUGAAUAAAACGAUUUUCAGCUUUACACCUUUUAAACUUGUACCAGAACCCGUGCUGAUAAAAGUCGCAAACCACACCGCAUGCAGCUGCAUGGAGCCGGCAAUAAUUCGACGUAACGCUCAGCAACGCAGGCGCAGUGGCUGCCCUCUGAUGAGACAGAUGUUGGAAGCAGAGGAUUCUGGGAGACUUUGUGCUAGUGGAUGGAUUUGGGAUUGUUCAAGUGAAAAAUGCAUACCUUACCCCUCCAGUACAUCAGAGCUUCCCCUCAGGUCCUGGUUGUCGGACUGUGAGAUAGACGUGGAGCGCUGUGAAUGUCUGCCCAGACCUCAGCCGAUUGUGUGGGCACCCACAGGAAUUUGAUAAAGAUUUGUUCAGGUAGAAGUGGUAGUGAGUUUGAUCUAAAACUCCCUUGUUUUCCCCAAAUCUUUACUCCUUCAGUUACAUUAAAUAUUGUCAGAGUAAAAACAAAUCAUUUCAGAAAAAGAAACAAAUUUAUGAAGUUCCACUUUUGUAGGAUCAGACCUAUAAAAUCUGAUUGUACAAAAUCACUAUUAUGUAUAAUAGUUUUGUAUAAUUGUUUUGCUUUGAUUAAUUUAACCUGCCUGAAAGACCUUUUCGAAAUACUUUGCGGUGGUAAUAAUACACUUGCUUGACUCAAGAGAAGAAAAAAACAAAGUUUGCUUUCUGUACAUAAAAAUGUGCUGCUCCUAAGACCGCCGCUGAACUCAGUUUAAUCCAUAGGAAAUAAAAGUCUGAAAGGCUUCCUCUUUGUACCUCAUGAUCCUCAUUGAUUUCUCUUUGCCUUGCAGGUGCAAACUGCCCAAGUAGAGCUUCACUGGACAUAACAAUUACGACAAGCUGCUCAAUGAAGAGCAAUGACUAACAUAAAAUGUCCUAUAAUUUAUUUAGUCUUAUUUAUGCAAAUCACUUUAAUUAUAUUAGCUCACUUGACCGCGUUAAUAGACUGGUUUAACAUGACAGGAUUAGGCUUUAAUCAGUGUACAGUGUAUGAAUUUGUAUGAUAUUGCAUUCAUUCCUUGUGCGCUGAAUGUGUAGUAUACAAAAUAAAAGAUUAUUUUUAU